GUGACAUUGGCGUUCUGUCAGUCGCGUGAUAAGACGAGGUGAAGACGUGAGUGUGCGGUCGGUUCACGGGAUUUUUAUUGUAAUACCGGUUAUAUUUCACCAAAAUUGAUGUCCAAACAUGAAAUUUACUUUAAACUUCCUAUCUAGGCAGUGUUGUGCAAAUUCUGUGGGUGAUUAAUGGGUGUUUUGUGAUUUUGUGUAGUGACUAUGUGUUGAUAAAGUAGGAAUCUUGUUUUGGUGUUAUAAUAAUAUAGUUCCGUAAUUUUACGAAAAUGGAAUCUUCAACGGACAAGGAUUGGAAGAAGAAUUUGGGUUUCCCAAUAAACUAUAGCUCUGCGAGUUCAGACGAUGAUUUUGACAUCAAGGAUGUGGUGUUCAGAAAUCCCCGUCACUCCUCGAAAUACCUCCUGGCUGACAGCGGGGAUGGGUCUGAAGCCGACCUGCUCGGCACAACGCCUCCUCGCUCCAGGAUAAGGGAUAAGGAGAGGGGAAGGAAAAACCAUCUGGAUGCCACCCCGGGGUUCCAGCGUCUACUCCGCGAGAGGAAGGACGUUGUGGACUACCCCACCUAUGACCAGACGUCUCCCAUGCCAGACCGCCCGAAGAAGCGCAGCAGUCUGAAGCUGCUGAGGUCGCGGGCGCGGGACAGUAAACAGGACAUGAGCCACGACGUCAGGGCAGACUCGCUGCCCUCACCCAACCCCAUGCCUGCCGUGCCUACGCUGGUGGAGUCAUGCAGUCGCUUCAUGUCACUUACGUCCCGGCCAAAGCACCGCGAGGCUGUUGGACCGGAGCCCUCAAUCCCGGCCGACACGGAGGACAGGUGGCGAUGUGACGGUGAUGAGGACCUCCCCCCCAGCCGCGUCAGCUUCCACAAGACCUUCAGCCUCCUCAUCAACAUGGGCAACAUCGAGAAGGGCUGUAAGAGAGCCAUAAGCCGCGAGGAACAAGUCUGGCAGAACGAGCUCAAGGACUUGAUCUGGCUGGAGCUCCAGGCGAAGAUAUCUGGCCGGACUCUGGCGCAGCAGGAUGCGUACUUGUGUGCGCAGAGGAACGUCGUACCCAAGAUUAUUAAUAAUAUUCUUGAAUAUAGGUUUAUAAACAAGAACCCGUGCCGAGCAAACAGCAAGCGCACUCUCGACACCAUUAAGUCACAGGAGGAUCUCACUGCCGAGGAGAACUAUGAGGAGCCAAGCGAAGAGGAGGCCCAGUUGGGUUGCCUGUCGUUCUCGUGCGAGUGGUGCGCGGGCGCAGUGGGGCGCGCCAUGCGGGAGGUGGCGGGCCUACUCGACUCCUUCUACGGCGCUGUCUCCCUCUACCCCUCCUCCAGGAACAUGACCACGGAGCACCCUCUCGUCGCUACACCGCUGUUCCAGAAUAGGGUCAAGGCGAUGUGCCUGUGGUACAACACGGCGCUGCACAUGCGCCUGAAGCUGGUGGCCAUGCGCCGCAUGCUGCGCUCCAUCCGCCUCAAGAGCCAGCGCAGGCAGGCUCAGCAACGGACCUCCGUCGACUCCUCCAUCAGCAGACAAUCGUCGGAGAGUCGUCCGUGCCAAGUCCGCUUCAACGUGAGCACUCCGUCAGACUCCAGCAGUAGCGACAGUAGCGCGCAGUCCGCCGAGAGCGCUGCGCCCGCGCAGGCUGAGCCCGCAGCCAACGGGGACGCUGAUAAAGCGGUGGACGAAGUCGACAGUGCUGAUGAUUGUAAAUUACCAGACUGCAACGGACUAGGUACCCCGGACCUGGCCGGGUCCCACCGCUGGGGGGACCCUCAUGCCUCCAAUGAGAGCGGAUACAUGUCCAGCGAGGGGCCGCCCGUUGCUAACGACGCAUUCGAAAUUGGAGGCUUAGCUGAACUCACACAGAUGAGGCUGCUAGACAAGUGCAAGGUUUCGCUUUACAGAGACUACCACCAGGAGAUCCUGAAGACGCAAGGAGUGCGGCGGUGCAUGAUGUUCAUAUACAAGAUGCGGCUCAACCUGCUCGACAAGGUCUACCUCACGCUCGAGAAACCAGACACGGUACAAUCAGAAAGCUUCAUAGAUGAUGAGACGGAGGAGGUGUUCGAGGAGCCGUCCACUGAGAGACCUGACUCCGCGCAUGAUGAGGACGAGAUGAAGACCUACGAGCUACGAAGGUACGGAUGCUGGUCGGAGGAGUGUCGUUCGAUGCGGCUCCCGUCGUACCGCGCGCACUUCCUGCUGCUGUCGUGCAUGUGCAUGGAGGCCGUGCACGACUACCUCGCCUUCCGACUCGAGGCCAGGCCUGAACAUCCUUCAUGUCUCACCGUCAAACAGUUGAUCCACGAGAUCCGCGAAGGUCUGGACAUAGCGUCGGAGAUGCGCGCGGACUUCGCCCUCCACGUGCAGGCCGCGCUGGGGGGCCGAGCCCCCGGCCGCGCCGCUGACGACCUCAUACUACUCACCAACACAUUCGACACCACUGUGGAGACACUGCUUAAGCAAUACCUGUCGUACCUGAGCACGGUGUCGGUGACGGAGCACAUGCCGCGGUCGCGGCUGCAGGCCGAGUGGGCCUUCACGGCGCAGCUCGCCAAGCGCAUCAAGUGCGCCGCCGUACUCGCGCCCGAGGCCUUCUCAGAAAUCACGUGCAACCAGCUGGAUAGACUACUGAAACAAUUCAAGGAGGAAUCGAUAAACAGUAUCAAAAAUAAGAGCAAGGAUAUUACAGAUCUCGAUAACAGCCGGCACGCCAUCUACGAGGUGUGUCGCAGCGCGCAGCGUAUGUACGCGUCGUCCCGGGACGCCACGCUCCACGCCGCGCAGUGGGCGCGGGCCCUCGCCGCACGACUCGCGCGCGCCCCGCCCCCCGCAUACCUGCUGCAGCGAGGACAUAUCUUCAACUCAAUAAUGGCUAUCCGUGACUUCAUAACGUCGCACAUUGAGUUUGUACUGGACAAGUCGCGACUGGCUGCAAACGAGGAGCUACCACGUGACCUCACAGAAACAGUCGUCGUGCGCGUCCGGGAGCUACUGCUUCAGAUGUACAAGCUCGGCUUCGAGCUGCACAAAGAGCUAUACAAGUUCGUGCACGCGGCGCGGCCCGAGGACGCGGCCCUGCGCCGCCUGCGGCCGGUGUCCCUGCAGCCCGUCCGCUCGCCCGCCGUCGAGCGCCGCCGCCGCCCCGAGACCGUCAUCGUGCAUGAGUCCAUUAACCCCCUGAUGCACAAGGAGCUCCACCGGCUAGUGUCGGAGGUGCCCCGGGCGUCGCCCCCGCUGCCCCGGCGGCCCGGCCCGGCCCCGCCGCCGCCGACGCGCCGUUCCCGGUUCAUGCGAUCUGACAGCAUCGUUGAUGAAUAUGAGAACAGUGUAUUCGAUGAGAGAUUGUUCGAUAACAUACAUAACUUUGGAGAGAAUCAGACCCAGCAGGGCAGCAUCGAGGCGCUGCUGUGGGGCGGCGCGGCCCCGGCGCCUGCGACGGAGGCGGUGGCGGCGGGCCCCACGUGCGAGGAGCGCGCCUGGGCGGCGCGGGUGGCGCGCGCCAUCAUACACUUCGCGCGCUGCUGGAUGCUCUUCGUCGUCGAGCGCUGCGACCGCGGCCGGGGACUGCGACCCAGAUGGGCGAGUCAAGGCUUAGAAUUCCUAAUGCUGGCGUGCGAUCCACGCAACACGAAACAUCUAAGUGAAGAAGAAUUUGAGGAACUCAAGUCCCUAAUGGACGGCUGUAUCUCGCACGUGAUUGGCUCCCGACCGGCACCUAACCCGCCCACACACUCGCCCCGCCCACGGCCGAGACUAGCGAGUCCAUUCCCAAGUAACAGUACAAGCAGUAGUACUAGUCGGGAGGCAGCCACGCCCCCCACCCCUCCCCCUAUGGAACCAGACCUACACAGCUACCCAGAGGCAGAGUCCAAAUCGCACCGUCGCCGCGUGGUAGCGGCGAUCGAGCGCGUGGACGUGGAGCGCGACGAGCGCCUGCGCAGCAACAAGAGCGUCGGCCACGUGCUGGGCGCCGCGCUCACCUGCUACGAGCCCAAGCUCCGGCAGCUCACCUUCAAGUGGCAGCGGGGACUCAAGAUCGGCGCCGGCACCUUCGGGAAGGUGUACACGGUGGUGAACACAGAGAGCGGUCAGUUGCUGGCGAUGAAGGAGCUGUCGGUGGGGGCGGGGGACCGGCGCGCGCUGCAGCGGGCCGCCAACGAGCUGCGCGUGCUCGAGGGCGUGCUGCAUCCACAUCUCGUGCGCUACUACGGCUGCGAACUGCAUCGCGAGGAGAUGUUGCUGUUCAUGGAGCUGUGCGUGGAGGGGUCGCUGGAGGCGCUGGUGGCCACGUCGGGCGCGCUGGCCGAGCACACCGUGCGCCGCUACACCAAGCAGCUCCUCGCCGCCGUCCGCGAGCUGCACGCCAGGAACAUCGCGCACAGGGACAUCAAGAGUGGAAACAUUUUCCUAACAAACGAGGGUCACUGCCUGAAGCUGGGAGACUUUGGUUGCGCAGUCAAGAUCCGCGCCAACACCACCGCGCCCGGGGAGCUGCAGGGAUUCGUCGGCACACAGGCGUACAUGGCCCCCGAGGUGUUCAUGAAGUCGUCCGGCCACGGGCGCGCCGCCGACAUCUGGUCGCUCGGCUGCGUCGUCACUGAGAUGGCGUCCGGAAAGCGCCCGUUCUCCCAGUACGACAGCAACUACCAGAUAAUGUUCCUGGUGGGGUCAGGUGGUCGGCCAGAGAUCCCCGACACCCUCUCCGACGAGGGCCAGGAGUUCUGUCUCUCCUGCCUCACACACGACCCCGAUUUGAGACCGAGAGCCGAGACACUUACCCUGCAUCAUUUCCUUAUGGUAAAAUCCGAUGAAAAUGAGUGCAACUGUGAACCUGGGUUCCUUAUCUCAUAAACGUAUGUAAGAAUACACUCGGCUUAUGUAUACAUUAUGAAAAAACUAUGCAGAGGACUAGUCUAAGAAGUUAGAAUGAAAUGUACUAUUCUAGACUAUUUGAAGUCAAAUCUAGACUUCUAGGCCAGUUAACAGAUCUGUACAAAGGUCUAUAUUAAAAAUAGUGAUACAUGUAUUGUGUAUAAACGCACUUACUUACAAAUAUUUACACGAAUAAUGUAGUAAAUGGAGAUUUUAUGUCAAAACAAUAUUUUAAAACACCCUGUGUAUUUUGUUAAUGAGUAUCACGCGGUAAUUGGCUAAGCAAGGUUAUAUAGGGUGUUACAUUUGUAGUUAUUGUUCGUUUGUAAUUAUAUUUUUUGAGAUACGUUCCUUAUCACACGGAUCUAAUAAUUUUAUUAGCGAAAUGUUACUAUAAGGUUAAUAUUGGCCUAUUGGUAGGAAAUAGACAAUAUUGUUCCGGAGUCUAUCACCAUUUUGCCUAAAUUCUUUGUGUAUGGAAUUCUGUUGGAUGAAAAUAAUUUAGAACACUGCAAUUUAUAUCUUGUGGAGUUUGUUAAAGAGUUCAUUUUUAUGUAAUGUAUUCGAAAGAUUUCAACACUUUUUGAAAUGUAUUAUGGAACUAUGCGUAUUCUAUUUUAUUAUUGACAUGUUACAAUAUGAACUGUUAAUACCUUCCUACGAACGUUCCGAUCUGUGAUGACGAAUCACUAAAACUAUUUAUUUUUAAUUAAAUCGUGCAUUUUUUUACUAGUAACUAGAUGAAUUUCGUAUGAGAUAGUUUUAAUGGAGAUGUAUUUUAUUAUUAUAUAGGAAAUUGUACUUUAUAGUUAUUGCAAUUGUGUCUAUAAUUCUAUUUGAACAUUCGGAAUAUGAUUCCCUAGGGUAAUAUUGUAAGAUGACGUUGUAAUUUUAAUAUUUUGUAAUUGUAAUUGGUUGGAAAUAGAUUGCUAAUAAAUGAGCCAUAAAUAUUAAAAUUGUGUGCCAUUAGAAUAUACGGAAGAAAUACCAAAAAAUGUGUGUGUCACUGGCGUUUAUUUCAGUUUUUAUUUUGUAAAGAGAACUAAUUGAAGCGAAGAACGGUUUGAAGGCAUUGUUACAUGAAGCCUCUUCGGACAAGGGCGUAUAUCAACGCUUAUUUUAUGGCUAAUAAUAAUUCAAUGGCUUCGUCUGUCCUAGGUGGGAUGAUAAAGCAACACUAGAUCAAUGAUAAUGACCGUUAGACUCUUUCGGACUAAAAACCCAUCGUUAGCUUUGAGUUCCACGCUGGCAGUGAGGUUAUCAUAGGCCUAACAACGUCCCGCGUGUGUUUAAGUACGAGGCCUAAGUCUGUCGCAUUUUAAUAUUGUCAAUGAAGAGAAUUUGAACUGUGUAUGUACAUUUAUAUUCCUCACUGCCUGUUAUUUAUAUAGCAGUCGUAUUUAGACUGCGUAGCUCGGAGUUUUGGCAUCCGAUUCCAAGAUAAAUCGGCCUUUUAAUGCUGGGAAUCUUAUCUUAGUAAUUGGUGUGGCACGGUCCCAAUAGGUUCUUCAAUGUUGAGUGUAAAAAAUGAAGCUGUACUGUAAAGAAAGCAGGCGUGAUGUUUUAAUAUUUAAAAUGCAUUUCAAAUUUAAUGAACAGAUUUACCUUGGAAGAAAUAUAGUAGCAAAUAAGUGACCUCGAACAAAUUUUUAUCUUGUAAAUAUAAAUGGAAAAAUAUAUUUUAAUACUUAUUACUACGGAAUAGAGUUUUAUUUUUCAUAAAUUGUAAAUGUGUUAUAAGUACAAGUAUCGUUUGUUGUAAGUGCACUUCUAAAGUGGUAGCUUAUGUAUGAUGACGUCACUAUGUGUAAAAACGCGCAAUGAUAAGAUUAUGCAAAGAAAUGGAAUCCUGGUUGAAUAAAAUCUAUUGAAUAUAUUUUGUGUUGUUUUUAUUGCCCUGGAUAUA